UCAAUUAGCCUGAGUGGCUAAUCAGUUGUAAUUGGAUUAGCCAAAGCCUGCACUGCUAACGAGGCUGAAGCAGUGUGUGUGUGGCACUCUGGAACAAAGAUCGAUGUUUCCGCACUCUUUAGCCAGGCUGCUGUCCCGUGGGAUGGAUGACGUCCUGGAGCAGGACCAGUACGAGGAGCGGCUGAAGGAAGUUUUCGAUGGCUUUGACGCCAGCGGCUGCGGCUCACUGUGCCCGGAGGAGCUGGCCGACCUCUGCCUGUCGCUGCACCUGGAGGAUACCGCACCAGCCCUCCUGGACGCGCUGCUGCAGGCGCGGGACAGCCUCACUGAAAGGGUCAACUUUGACCAGUUUAAGGAUGCACUGAUUCUGGUGUUGUCAUCCGGCAUCAAGGGACCCCAAGUGCAACAGGAAGUACCAUCUAGACCAGAGUCCCCCGACAUACAGCCUAAGUUUGUGAAGGGCAGCAAACGUUAUGGCCGCCGCUCCAAGCCGGAAUUGGUCAACACCUUUUCAGACGAAGACGCGCACAACCAAGACGAAGACACGCCAGGCAACGAGGACACCAAGGACAACUAUGACUCGGCUAUUCCAAGGAAGCGUGAGCGCUGGAAUGCAGAUGAAACGAGCACAGAGGAGUAUGAAGCAGAAGGCCAGCUGCAUCUGUGGAACCCUGACGAGCCGAGCACGCCUCGAGGAUGUGUCGUGGGUCCGUUGAAGGAGAGGCUCCAGGAAGCCUGCGAGGAGUUGGCCAUAUCGUGGCACGGAUGCGCUGGCCACAUGGAACUGAUCGCUCUGUGCGACUAUCUGGGCUUGGAGAUAAGUGCAGAUGUACUCCAUGGUUUAAACGGCGAUGGAUGGAUCAACGUUCAAGAGUUUGUCUCCAUGGUUUUAAAGUACAACAAGCCUGCCACCCCGUCUGCAUCCACUCCUUACAGGCAGCUGAAAAGACACCACUCCACUCAGCCCUUUGAUGAGGUCGGCCGCCGGAUCGCCACCCAUUCCACCCUGACGAGCAGCAUCGGCACUCGUCUCUUCUCCAACCUGGACGACGGCACCGGCUUCACUCCGGUCGAGUCUAUCAUGGACGCCUGGAUGGAAGAAGGCAUAGAAAACAGCAUUGAAAUUCUGCAGGCGUUGAACUUCGGUCUCGACGGCAAGCUGAGUCUGUCCGAUCUGACCUUCGCGCUGGAAAAUGAACUCCUGGCCACCAAGAACGGCAUCCACCAGGCGGCACUGGCCAGUUUCAAAGCAGAAAUCAGACAUCUCCUAGAGCGCAUCGAGGGCGAACUGAGGGAGAAGGAGAAAAUUCGUUCGGACCUGGAAAAGGCAGAGAGGCUUAAAACCCAGCUGGCCACUGAAGUGGACGAGCAUCACUCUUCGAUCGAGCACAAAAACAAUCUUAACCUCAGGAAGCUAGAGGAGGAACACCGAGAGAAGCUGGCAGCGGUGCGGUCGGCACUGAUGAAGGAGAUGGACCUGAUCCGCCAGCAGGCGGCGCAGCAACGUGAGGCGCUGGAGGCUGAGGUGGACAAGAUCAAGGAGGACGAGUCCUUUCUCAGGGACCACCUCUCCAUCUCGGUCAAGGAAAACAGAUGUCUGGAGAUGGACUUGCUGGACUGCAGUCAAAAACUGAUGGAAGCCCAAAGCCAAGUGACACAACUGCAGGCCAGUUUGGACAACAUCAUGAAAGAGAAGUUCGGUGACUUGGACCCUGGCAGUGCUGACUUCCUCCUGCAGGAGGAGCGCAUUAAGCAGCUGCGACUGGGCUACGAAGCGCAGUGCAGGGAGUUGCAGGAUCGCGUGGAUGAACUGGAGUCCGAGCUGCAGGACUUUCACAGCGUGGGCCAACCUCAGAAGCCAUGCCCGCCGCCUCUCUCAGAGGAGCUGGAGAGCAAAAGCCCUGGCGUGGAGUCUGACCCAGGCCUCGGCUCGGAGGAAGUCCAUCCCUUCAUCAGUUUGAGCCUGGAGGCGGAAAUGAUGCUGGAGAAGCAAAAGCAGCAGCAUCUCUGCCAAAUGGAUGACUUGAGGAACCAGCUGGAGAGCAAAAUCAAUGAAUUCAACUCUGCGGUUCAACGUCACGACGACCAGAAGAAUGCACUGGCCCUCCAACACCGGCAGGUGGUCCAGGCUUCGAGGGAGGAGCUGGCUAGCGUUAGCUCACGGGAACGGGAGCUCCAGAGCCAGCUUGAGCAAGCGGAGCUGGAGCGGUCGCACCUGGAGGAGGAGACGAGAGAGGAGGCGAGUACCUUGAAGCGGCAGCUCCUCGAGGCGGGUAGCAUUGCUAUGGAACUGGAGGAGCAGCUGAGGAACCUGCAGGAGUUAAAGCCCGACCUUCUUGCUGAGAUGGAGGAGCUACGUAACCAACACGCCAGUGCGAUAAAGACUGUGGAGAAAAAGAAUACGGAGCUGUUGAAAGCCAGACUACAGGAGUUGGAGAAGAAACACCAAGAAGAGAAGGUCAAGUUGGAGAAGAGCUGGUUGGAUUGUUUCGAAAGGGAGAAGGAAUUGCUGAGGCAAAGCCAUGAGCAGGAGCUGACAGCCAGACUCGAGGAGGCGAGGUCCUGCUUGGAGGAGGAGCACGAGCGAACUGUGAAAAAGCUGACAGAGGAGUCGCAGGAGCAGCGAGCUCGGCUGGACGAGCAGAACAACGAGUCCCUGCAGGCGCUGCUAGAGGAGGCAAUGUUAAGGCUGUUCAAGGAGCAGGAGGAGAAGGAAGGCCAGCUCCGGGAGCAGCGGGAGAGUGAGCGACUGCGUCUUCAAGAGCAGCACAAGCUGCGGGAGGCCAAGCUCAAGCAGGAGUGGAAGCAGGAGCGGUUGCAGUUAGAGGAGGACUACGAGAGCAUGCUCCAGGAGAGACUGGAUGAGGAACGGGAGAAGCAUGAGGCCGAGAAGGAGGAGCUGGAGAAGAGGCUGGAAGGCCUGAUGAACCUGCGGGACGAGAGCCUGCGGGAGAUGACUGUUAAACACGCCGAGGAGAGGAACGCGCUCAGUGGCAUGCUGGAUAAGCUACGAGGCGACAUUGCUCAGGAGAGGCAGCAGACAGAGGUGAGCUUCUCUGAGAAAAUCAAGCAAGUUGAAGAUCGUUUCUCGGGUGACCAAGAAUCCGCAGCUGCACGCUUUCAGGUGGACAUUUUGAAACUGGAGUGGCACUAUCAGAGUGAGCUGAGGGAGCUCUCUGAGAGCCAUGCAGAACAAAAGCUCUGCUGGGAGGCACAGUUGCAGAGAGCGCUCGAGAGUGCUGAAGAAUGGCGGAAAAAGACUGAAGAAGGAGCAGAGGGACUUCGGGAGUGGGAAGAAGAACGGCUUGAACUGGAGAAGGUUCAUGGAGAAGCCAUGCAAGCAAUGGUAAAAAAGAACCAUCAAUUGCAACACCAGGUUGAUAACAGCGCAACGGCCGCCCAGACCAAAGAAAUUGAGCUCAGUCACCAGCUGAACAAUCUGCACAGCCGACUCCAGGAGAGUCUGCAGGCCAAGGAGGAUCUUCUAGCUCGGUCUGACAAGCAAGCCAAGGACGCUGAUCUCCUCCUCAGCCAAACGGUAGAGGAUUUACAACAGGAGAGGGAGGAAUUUCACAGCAGCCACUCUCAGCUCCAGGCGCAAUACGAAGAGAUUCUUUCGAUAUCCCAUAGCCAGACCGCAGAGAGGAUCCUGAUGCUGACAGAGCGUGACGAUUUGAAGCUGAAGAUUGAGGAGAUGGAUAAGCUCCUCAAACAGGCGGUGGAUGACUUUGAGCUGGACACGAAGGAGCUUCAGGAACAGGUGGCUUUCCUCAUGGAGAAAUUGAAGAAAACCCAAACCCAGGAUCCGGGUUUGGGUGUGUCUAAAAAUGGGGAAACGCUUAUAACAUCAACUUCUGAUAAUUCCUUCAGUGAGGAAGAUCUGAAAGUGGAGAGCGACCCAACGGAUGAGCCUGAAGAAGACCUGUUGCAACUGAAGCGCGAUGCAAGUGAGAACCAAGACCUCCACGUCUCAUGGACUUGUAACACAAAUGUUCCAAGCGAGAGGAGUAAUGAUUUAGAAACUUCAAACUUUGAAGAACCGGAUGACAACCCUGAGGUUGUCCUUUGUCAUGGAGAAGACAGAGAGUUCCCAGAGACUGAUGGAAACGCAAAGGACUCUGCUUUCUCGCACAGUCGGUGCCAAGAUAAAGACUCGUCACUUGAGGCAUUGGGAGCUUUGGAAUUCUGUAAAGAAGAAAGUGGACCUCAAGAUGUGCCUACCUCUAUCUGUGAAAGCUCCUCACACAAGGAUCAGGAUUCUGAAGAUGACCCUGGUUCAGAAAUUGGCUUGGAUGAUUUCAACGGGGAACAUAAAAAUGUUAGUCCAAAACCUUUUGAUCAAGUUGUUGAUGAUGAACCCCAGAAUUUCUCCAUCUUUGAACUACAGUGUGCGUACUGUCAAACCAGAGAGGAGUGUCUUCUCAUGCGGGAGAAGAUCCUGUUACUCCAGCAGAAGACUGAGCUCCUCCAGAGUCUUUUGGAGCACAACAGCAAGAAGAUCCAAACUGGCCGUGAGUAUCUGGAGGAAAACUACAGCCUCAAAGUCAAGAUGUUCCUGCUGAUGGAGCACAUAAAUGUGCUAGAAAUGAAGGCAUCCAAACUGAAAGAGCUUCAGACUCGUUACGAAGAUUGUUUGUGUGAAAACGCCAAGUUAAAGGGGCAAAAUGCUGAACUCAAAAAGAAGGUCUGGAAACUGCAAAGCAGUGCGAGUGAUGAGCGGAUUUCUCUCACGGACGACAUUAGUAGGAUGCGACAGGAGAACCGUAAACUCUCAGAGUUGUUCAUGGACUUUGAGGCACAAAGGGACACCCUGGAUCUCGGAUUCCCCCCGAGCAGAAUUUCUGAGGCUUCUUGCGUCGAUGACAUCUGCGGUGACUUUGAGGUGCAAACCACCGAACUUCACAAAGCCAUCUCAGAGCUGCCAACCACGAACACAACUACACGGGCUAAUAGACAUAAAGUGGAGCAGCUCAACCAGGAGAAGGUUGCCACCGAACAAGCAGCAGAGAAUUUCCACCAACAGAUGUGUGAUCUUCACUCGCAAAGCCAGCAACUCCAGGACGAGAACGGAAUGCUAGCGGACAAGAACGCCCGGAGCCUGGCCGACGUAGAGAAGCUCAAGCGGCAGCUGGCCGAGCUGAUAAAAGACAACGAAAGGAAGGAGGUGUUCACCGGCGAGGAGAAGAAAGAGCUUCUAGCUUGUGUGUGCUCGCUGGAGGCCGAGUUGACCAAAGCUCUGAAGGACACAGCCAAGCUGGAGGACAGGAAUGCCCAGCUGGUCCAGCAGGUGUCUGGCCUUGAGGAGAAGUUGAUGCAGGCGGACUCGAUGGAGACUCAUCUCUGUCACCUGACAGAGGAGCGAAAGGAUGCGGCCAAAGAGACGCGGGGUCUUCGCAAGCAGCUGGCUCAAUCCCAGCAGAAGGUGAAGAAUAUGGAUGACACCCUCCAUGCCUUCAGUCAUCAGCGAGCUUGUCUAAGGUCGGAUCUCCGCAGCACGCAGCAGGACAGAGAUUCCCUCCGCCAGGAAGUGGCGAUGCUGCACAAGCAGCUGCAGAACGUCACUGAUGAGAACCACGUUUUGGAGCUGGCCUUGCACAAGUCCGCCGUCCAAAGUCCCAGCAGGAAGCUCCAGAGAGACGACACGCUGCAGCCGAAGGAACAAGACGACAAGGUCAGCAUACUGUCCCCGAAGCAGCUGCAGCAGCACAGACAGAGCCAGGCGGUGCUGCUCAAAACCUUGGAGCAGGAGAACGCCUCCCUCAAGCAAGAAGUGUACGACCAGAAGCUGGUCAUCAAGAACCUCGCUGCUCAGGAAGGACACGCACAGAUGGCCAAACUGCAGGAGGAAAAUGAGGCACUCAAGGCCCAAAUAGCUCGACUCACUGCGCAACUGUUUGAGUCAUUCCAGGCUCACUUCAUCGGACUCCUGCCGGUGUCGCCCCACAGGACGGCAAGGGGACAUCGGUCUGACUCCGACAAUGCGCAAGAUGACCAGGACCCCCGGAUGGAGCGCAUGGAAGCACGAAUGGAGGAAAUCGAGACCUCGCUGCAUAACGUCAAGCUGCACCUCAGGGAGAAGGUGGCUCAGCUCAAAGACCAGGGGCACAAGAACAGCCGUGUGUGCACGCUGAUUCGAGACCUGUACGUGGAGAGCGGUCAGCUGCUGAAGGCUCUGGAGGCAGCCGGGCGGCGACGCAGAACGGCUGAGUAGACCAAGCAGUCGGCCGAGGGCGACACCUUGACGCCACACGCGAGAGUAUGUAGUCCCAGACCCCCGUCUCGCCUCUCAUCGUCUUACAACUUUAAAUGUUACAUAAUGUGCACAUGAUUGUUUUUUAAAGGAGCCUGAAUGUCAGUAUUACAGUAAAGAAGCAGUAUUUUGUUUUUUUACAUUAUUACAUUGAAUGUAUUGCGGUUGUGUACAUCGUACCUCCUUCUCCACAAGGUGGUGCAAAAAUUGUAUUUAUUUUUUUACUUGAAGAGCCUGCGUUCACAAUUGUAUGUGUAUGAUUAUCAUGACAAAGGAUUACAAUGAUAUUGUGAAGGAAUGUUAGGGCCACACCAGUUGACAAUUUACUUGUUCGUAAAACUUACAGUAACAAGAUCCCCAACGUUCUAACGUUGACUUUUUUCGCAUUAAAUGACUUCUGCAUUUUUUUUUUUCCAUUCCCGCCUCUCAAAAAACAACUAAAGUUUGAUUAUAAAUGAGGGAAAAAUAGCACUCUAUAAUUAUUUGUUGUUUAUAAAAAAAACAGUAAUUACACAAAUAAAUGUAAAUAAUUAAACAAACAUCCCUUUUUUUUUUCUCUCCUUUUUUUUUUCUUUUUGCUGCUCCUUCCGGUGUGUGCAAGCCUUGCCACUUGGAGACAGAAAACAUCACGUAAUGGCAUAAUUAUGCAUCCAUCCAUUUUCUGAACCGCUCAUUCUCACUCGGGUCAUGGGCGUGCUGGAGCCUCUCUCCCAGCUGACUCUGGGCGAGAGGCGGGGUACACACUGAACUGGUUGCCAGCCAUUGUAAUGAGUGUCACUUAUUCGUGGGUGUCCACUGUAUGUCCAUUGUUAUUCCAGGCAAUCUUUUUACGAUAAUUCUCUGGAAAAAGAGUCACGUAAAGAAAAAGAACGCGGCACUUUUUAGUCUAACUGGACAGCCACCAAAGUAUGCACUGUUUGAAUUCUUAUUCUGAGUGUUUCUCCUAAGAGACGCAAAUUCCAGGUCCAAACAAGUGUUCUGUGUACGACUUCCCUUGUGAGGAGGUUUUCAGUGCCGUAUGAAUUUAUACAAGUGUUGUUCUGUACAAUGCAUGAAUACCAAAACACAAAGCUGUCUGUUGGCUGUAUGUUCCUGCUAGUUGAACAAUCGUGACUUUAUUAUAUACAGUGUAUAUUUUGUUUUUAAAUGUAAGCUAACACUACCUGUUGCACUCUAAUUGAGUGGUUCUCAUCUGUCGUCACUCUGGGGCCCGCAUUUUCCUAUUGUUGCGACCCACUUUCAUAGAAGUUAAGAACAAUUACAAGAAAAAAAAAUAACAAUUUGGUUUAAAAAAUAGCGUCUGAAAUCAUAUACCAAAUGUUAUAUUUUUAAAUGUUAUUUCAAAUGGGUUUGCUGUACUGCCAAAAGCAUAUUGGUUGCCACGACGUCCACCAGCCAAAGGCUGAGCUACGCUGUAUUUAUUUACAGCGUAAACUAGUGGAUAGAGAAUAAGAGCGUAAUAUUUCUUGUCACUUUCCUACCAUGUUCCGUCCGGGAACUUAGUACGCCUCUGACUGUACUGUACAGAAAAAAAUAGGAAUGUAAUUUUUUAAUGAGCUGUUUGCGACCCACCCAAAAUGGAUGCGUGACCCACUUUUGGGUGCCGACCUACCAGUUGAGAAUCACUGCUCUAAAUGUCAUGGGACAGCACUGUACUUUAAUGAAUAAAGACAUGUUACAGUAUAAUAUUUAUAGGUGGAAGUGCAUAAGUGGAUGGAUGUAUUGUGAAUGAAGGAUUUGAACAGAGUUGUUGUU